AUGGCGAAGCGCAAAGGCAGUAAGAAAGUCGCACAGGAAGCGUCGGGCCCGAACAUGGAUGUGGGCUCUUCCAGGAAGCGGAUCCGGGAUUUUGAGGAUGUGGCAGGGAGCGACGACGACUUCCAUCUUCAACGGGAUGAAGUGCUGUUGGGCGAGGCACCGGAAGCGAAACGGCGACGGAAGGUCUUAGAACAGGAGGAAUUCCUGCAGCCAUCAGAUGAGGAGGUUCUGGACUAUUCUGAGUCCGAGGACGGUGUGGACGAAGAAGUCGAUGACCCAGGAAUACAAGGCGCAGCUGAAUCAGAAUCUGAUGAUCAAGAUGGAAGACUGGACGACAACGAGGACGAGAUCGGCUGGGGCACAUCCAAGGCCGAUUUGUAUGGUGCGGACAAUAUUGAGACGGAAGAGCAGGCCUUGGAGGAAGAGGCAGAGGCACUGCGCUUACAGAAGAAGCAGCUGCAGGCUAUGGAGGCUGCAGACUAUGGCUUCGAUGAAGCAGACUGGCAGGAGUCGACAGCAAAAUCCCAAGCAGCUGACGACAACACCGUGACGGAAGUGAUACCGCAGUUGGUGAUCAAGGAGGACAUGUCUGUGGCAGAACGCCUCAAGCUACUCAAGUCUCGCUACCCAGAGUUUGAACCUCUUAGCAAGGACUUACUGCAACUACAGGAGGAACACGUUCAACUCAGCAUCGACGCGAAACAGAGCUCGGGGACUGCUUCUCCUUCGAAUGCUGUGACAAAACUUCGCGCCGCCUCGGCAUACCUAGGCGCCUUGACAGUAUACUUUUCCCUUCUUACAUCUACCGCAUUCCGGGCUCACGCAGACGUGACUGCAAUAUCUGCAACUAGGCUUCGAGACCAUCCGGUCAUGGAGAGUCUCGUGCAAUGCAGGGACUUGUGGCAAAGGGUGCAAAGUCUGCCAAGUGAUAUCGUGCUAUCCGAUUGCGAAGAGGACGAGCACCAUUUGAUUAACGGUCACAAUCUUCCCUCCGAGCUAGCGCGUCAACCCAAGACCGUCGCGACCAAAAGCCGCAAACAGCGAGCUGCAGAUGCCUUACAGCAAGCCGCUGACGCCCGUAAAGCGGAGCGACUGGCUCAAGUGGAGGCGGACCUUGCUGAUUUGGCAUCACUAUCAACACCGAACGCCAAGCGGACGAAGUCGGAAGCCGUAAGGACUGCUGUGCAGAACGAUGAUGCGUCUGACAUUGGUGAAGAAGUACCGUUGACGGAACGUGAGGCGGCCGACAAAGCCCUCCGCAAGAAGAGCUUGCGCUUCUAUACCUCCCAGAUCGCACAGAAGACCAACAAGCGUGGCGCAGGUGGGCGUAACGCGGGUGGCGACGAGGACGUGCCGCAUCGCGAAAGACUCCGUGAUCGACAAGCGCGUCUCAAUGCAGAGGCUGAGAAGCGCGGCAAGAAGCUCGGCGGUGGCGGUCCUGACGCUGACCUUGGUGGUGAAAGCGACGAAGAAGAUCGGAAGCAAGCGAAGGACAUUCGCGGCGCGGUUGAGGACGACGAUUACUAUGACAUGGUUGCAGCACGCACAGCGAAGAAAAAGUCGGACAAAGCCGCUUUCACCGAAGCUCAGAAGCAAGCCGCGUUGGAAGGCGGACGUGUGGUCGAAGAAGAAGUUGUGGGUGCUGACGGGAAGCGUAAGAUUUCGUAUCUGAUCGAGAAGAACAAGGGCUUGACGCCGCAUCGAAAGAAGGAUGUUAGGAACCCGAGGGUGAAGAAGCGAAAGAAGUACGAUGAGAAGAAGAAGAAGUUGGCGAGUAUGAAGGCGACGUAUAAAGGUGGUGAGGGACGCGGAGGCUAUGGUGGUGAACUGACGGGUAUCAAGAAGGGAUUGGUCAAGAGUACGAAGUUGUAG